GCUCAGGAUUACCAGAGGCCUUUUCUUUCAACGCCACCAUCUCUGCCUUCCUUCAACCGGCUUUCUUUGGGAAUUAGGGGGGUCUGGAAGUCUGGAGCUGAGAGGGGUUGCAAAGGAGAACUGGGACUUAGGCUGCCCACAUCCCUGACUCCUUCUCCUCUCUUCUUGCCUGUUGUGUGGAGAGUUUCUGGUUGAAACUGACAGGCAGGAGUGGGGGUUUGAGGACUCCCCACACCAUGGAUCAGUCUCUGUUCGGUUGUCUACGCAGCCCUCACGCCCCAGCCCAGGGCCUGCACCCCGCCAUCACCCAAUCGCCGCUGACCUUGCAUGGCCGGAGCGACCACGUCUCCUACCUGGAUCUACCCAGCUCCUCACCCCCCUACAGCUACUCUGGAGGAGAGGACAAUGGAGUGUUCAGCGGUCCGGCCCACCGAGGCCACCUGCCCCAGCAGCACCCCCUCCACCCUCAGCACCCGCCCGGCUGGCCCGUCCCCCUGCAGAUGCCCUCACCUAACGCUCGGCACAGCGUCUGUCUGCCCCCGCUUGAGGCCACGGCCCCAGAACUGUGCCCAGGGGGCCCAAACCUGUGCAGCACCAACUCCGGUCUGGGCAGUGGUGACUGCACAGGGGCGUCCUGUGUGUCUGGGGAAUAUGGCCGGCAGAGUCUGUCUUCAGAGGACCCUGAGAGAAGGAUCAGUAAAGGCAAGAAUGAUAGCUCAGAGUCCCAAGACGGGAGCUAUAAGUCAGACAUGAACAGCAAGCCCAGGAAGGAGCGCACAGCCUUCACCAAAGAACAGAUCCGGGAACUGGAGUCAGAGUUUGCACACCACAACUAUUUGACAAGACUGAGACGCUACGAAAUAGCUGUCAACCUCGACCUCACGGAACGACAAGUGAAGGUGUGGUUCCAGAACAGGAGAAUGAAGUGGAAGCGUGUGAAGGGAGGCCAGCAGGGGGCAGCAGCUCGGGAGAAAGAACUGGUCAAUGUGAAAAAAGGGACAUUACUGCCGUCUGAGUUCUCAGAGUUAGUAGGACUGCAGCGCUCUGCCAGCUCGCCAAGGCCGGCGACCGAAGAGGACAGCCACGACAGUGACCAGAGCUCAGAGCAGCCUCACCUAUGACCUUCCUUGGUGUUAUUGGACAGGACAGAAAUUAAGGAAACAUUGGUGGAAGAUUAAAAAAAACAUGUAUACGGCUUGCUGUGAGCAGAGCCUCCCAACAGACAUUAAAACGAGACUCAGAGAACAUUCCAGAGACGCUUGGUGUUGAUGAAAGGGCUUGGAUUUUGCACUGUCGAGGAUUUGUUUCAGUCAAUUUCUACUGUACUUCUUUGAGCAUCAGUACAACAAACAUUUUGUUGUGUGUACAAUGGCAGUCUAUUGUACACACAACAACUGAAAGCACUCACGCUUUUGAAUUCUAAUAAUUUAUCAAAGAGGUCCCAAGACUGUAACCACCAUAAAACCAAACUGCUUAGUUUUUGCAUUGUAAAAUAAUGUAACUGGUAAACAUGUGUUUAUCCUUUUUUUUUGCUUCUUGCUCCCUCUGAAAGUUUACAUGCUUUUUACUUGCAAAGAUCUGGAUUUCCAGUGCAAAUAAAUCCGAAAAACCGAAA